AGCAGCUAAUUACCUUGAAGAAUGAAAUGAGUAUUAAAAUAUAUAGGUGUUGUUUGUGUUUUGCUUCUUGGAGGAUGUCUGCGUGAAGAUCAGGCAUUAUUAUUAUUAAAAACACUUACAGUGAUAGUGAACAAUCAUAUAUAUAUAUAUUUUGAAUACUAUGACCACUAUAAAAGAUAAGUUAUACAGCUAAACCAAAUCUGCAUAGUACAGUGGAUGUAUAGGCUACUGCUGAUCAGUGACUUCUUUUCAUCAUCACAACUACUGAUAAAUAAUUCUAAAUAUAAAUAAAUCUCAGAACAGAAACACACACGUAUAUAUAUAUAUAUAUAUAAACGCAAAACUGUAAUUGUCUGAUUAAUGCUAUGACAAAAAUAUUUUGACCUCAUGCCCUAGUAUGACCAAACAGACACACACAGCACAGAUGAACACUUUUUUUUCUUGUGUAUUUUGUUUUUGUGUAUUUUUUUUUUUAGCUUAUUGCUUCCAACAGUAAUAAGUCUUGAACAAACUGACGGUCAUUCAACUCUUUUUGUAAGACUCUUAAACAAAAAUUUACUCCAAAGAUAUAAACCACUAGAAAGCGAUUUAAUUAAAAUAUGUCCAUAAAUGCUCCAGUUAGCUGGAAUAUUUUCAUAUUAACAUACAUGUAUACAUAAUAAGACUUAUAAUAGUUACAGUAAUAUCAAUAGAAACUGACUCUAAACUGAAUUUGACACUGACUUUAAUGAAAACAGGUUUUUCCUAAGUAAUAGGCUUUCUGGAUUCAGAAAUUGACAUCGGAACAAACCGAAAAGAGCACUGAAGGCUUGCAAGUAUGCGACUAGAAAAUAUAUCUGCGCGCGCCGCCGUCCUGCCGGUGAUUUCACGAACGAGAUUCCCGUGUUUUCAUGUAGCUUGUGAGAUGCGUCUUGCACGAUCAACGUUUUCGGUCACAGCGGUAGUCACACAUAGUUUUUUAUGCCACGAGUCCAUUAUGAUGGGUUUGCAGUGACAAUAAAAUCGUAAUAAUGAAAAUGAGAGCGUUGUCAUGACAACGUCGUCAACAUUCACGGUAUCCAACAACAGCCGGGCUAAUAGUUGCGCUAGCACACGGGCCGGAGGAAUGAUGAGCUCGCAGGCGUCUCCAGUAAAGGUGUUCAUUCGCAUCAGACCCACAGCCAAUUUUGCGCACGAGCUUAUUGAAUGUCUACCUGACCAGCAGACUUUGAAAGUGAGAUCAAGGAAAGAGUCCAAUAAAGGAAGGAGGAAUAAUCAGCUGGGCUCAUGGGUAUUUCAGCUGAAUGGGGUGCUGGAUAAUGUGUCACAAGAAGACACCUAUGAUCGUGUUGCACGGAGUGUAGUGCUGGGAGCCUUCGAUGGCUACAACGGUACAAUAAUGUGCUUUGGGCAAACUGGAGCUGGGAAAACACACACUAUGACAGGUGCUGCUGAGACUUACAAACACAGAGGCAUCAUUCCUCGAGCCCUACAGGAGGUUUUCCAGGAGGUGGAACAUCGUGCAGAUCAUACCUUUUCUGUUCAUCUUUCCUUUCUGGAAAUCUAUAAUGAGACUAUGGUGGACUUGCUCUCCAGCAUAAAACAAAGAAAAAGUUUGAAUAGUGGGGUCUUAACUGUGGUGGAAGAACCAGGGGCCGGAGUCUCAGUUAAAGGCUUGUCUUUACAUCUGGUUCACAAUGAAGAGGAGGCUCUUAAUCUGCUUUUUGAGGGAGAGAUGAACAGAAUCAUUGGAGAACAUGCCCUUAAUAAACAUUCCUCCAGAUCUCACUGCAUUUUUACUAUACAUAUCGAGUCUCGCUCUCGCACACUGUCGGACGCAAAAUACAUCACCUCCAAACUGAACCUGGUGGAUCUGGCGGGAUCUGAAAGACUUAGCAAAACUGGGUCAGAAGGUCAAGUCCAAGUGGAAGCCAUGUAUAUCAACAAGUCCCUGUCUUUCCUGGAGCAGGUCAUCUUGGCUCUAGCUGACAGUCGCAGGGAACAUGUUCCCUUCAGACAGAGUAAACUUACCCAUGCUCUCAAAGACUCACUCGGAGGAAACUGCAACACAGUGCUUGUGGCAAACAUAUACGGUGAAGCGGCACAAAUUGAGGAGACGCUUUCAACUCUUCGCUUUGCCACAAGAAUGAAAUGCGUGCAGACAAAGCCAUCAGUCAAUGAACAUGUCGACCCAGUGCUUCAGGUGCGAAGACUAGAGAAAGAAAUCCAGUUUCUUAAGGAGGAGCUGUCAGUGUGUAACUCACUGACUAAUAGGGGUGGAGUUUCUAAUGAAAUCCUAUCAGAGAGACAGUUGGAGGAAGUAAGGAGUCAGGUGCAGAGAUACCUGUCUGGAUUACUGGAUGAGAUCCCGAUUGUGGGUAUUACACAAGUUCAAGAGGUGUUUGCCGAGUUUAAAAAAGUGGUGUUGGAGCAGCAAAAGAAACUGACAGAGCAGCUCGGUCCAAGAAACACUCGCGAAGAGAAAGCCAUGAACACAACACCAUCUACUGUUUCAGAGCCUGUGUUACAGGUGCAGGGCUCUGUAGACGCGGUUGGAGAGUUGGAGAGUUAUGGAUACGGCCUUGGUUUAGCUAAAUCUUCACAAAAACAUCAGCGAACUGAGUCACCAAAACCAAGCAAAGCAAGAAAAGACAAGCACAUCAGCAGAAAGGAAGGAUCAGUGAGUCAACCGCCUGUGGAAAAUACAGCUGUGCAAGCUGAACAACCUCUAAACCAGAGUGAAUCUGACAUGACCACACACGACCAACAAGCUCCAGAAGAACACAGAACUGACUCUCCUCCGCCCAAAGCUGAGGCAUUUGAGGAUUUCAAGGCAGAUCAAGGAAGUGAGAUCAACCGUAUACUAAAGGAGAACAAGGCUGUGCUGUCGGAGCGCACGACCCAAUUGCGCAUACUCACAGAUGUCAUCAAUACCACUAAACGAGACCUUGACUACAUUACAUACGAGCUGCGACAAUUCAGAGAGCGAAAACAGGGCCAGGGUCAGUUUGUGAGUGCGGAGGGGGAGCCUGUGCUGGAGGAGGACGAGUUGUCUCUAGUGAUAAAGCUGAAAGAGCUCAAGAACCGUUAUAGACAAGCCUACGAGGAUUUCAGAAGCACAAAGACAGAAGUCAGCUACUGCCAGCACCUGGUGAAUCAGUGCCGCACUCGGCUGCUAACAGAGUUUGAGAGAUGGUACAAUGAGUCUUUCUUGUUUCCCGAUGAAGUGUUGUCAGUCUUGGAGACGGGACCAGUUCGACCAGGUCACAUACCUGUGGACAAAGCUUUGACACUGAUUGAUGAAGAGCAAAGGGAUAGUCUCCAUCACAAGCAUGCAGACAGUACGGUCUCGUUUUAUAAUGCCUAUAAAAGGACUCUAAAGAGGAGGGGAAGCAGACGGGUGUAUCGAAGUCCAGAGUCUGUGAGGGGCAGCAGGAGUAAAACAAAACUCCCAAUUCUCUCAGUGAUCUGAUGAAGGUCUCUGUAUGAUCAGUCUGUCUCCAGAUUGCUUGACGCUUCCUGAAGAGCGUUUGAAAUCAGUCGGACAUAUAAAAACAUGCUUUAUCAUGUGCUAAUCUACCCUUAAACUUGUUAAAAUAUAAAGACAAUCUGUCUUUAAAGUGUUUGGAUAAUUUUUUCAGUUUCUGAAAAUAAAGUAUACCGUGUAUUUAACUGUACAUUAUUAUUGUUAGUUCUUUGUUAGAAAUUUUUUUUUUUUUAGUUUACACUUUGCAAUAUUUUUCACUUUGAGAAAAGCGUAGUUUGUUCUAACCAAAGGCAAGAACAACCUCAAUACAUCAGGUUGUUAAAUGAAAAGUAAACUUUAUUAUUCCUGAACCACAAAAUAGACUUCUUUGGUUGUACAAAUUCACUAGUUACAGUCCUGAAUGAGCUCUAUCCCCAGACCUUUAAUCCCACCCUCCCCUUUAGCAAAAAAAACAAAACUCCUUCCCAACAAGAAACCAAGACAAGAAAACAAUGAGAGAUCAAACUCUUUUGCUUUGAAAAAGUAAAAAUGUAGUGAAUCCCAUUAUCCCAUUGGUUACAGAAAACCAACUUCUUUUUUCUCAAACUACAAUUUUUAAAAAAUACAAUGAUGAGCAAUCCCAAACUGUUAUUAAUCAAAACUGAAUUUCAGUCGAUGAGAGCAACACAAAAGCUAAGAUUAGUUAAAAACAAAAACGUGUUUGACAGGCUUAUCGGGACACAGUGUUGAUGGCAGCUAUGGUGGUGAACAACUGAUUUGAGAACAGUGAAAUAAAACUGUUUAUUUGAAGGAAUAAUAAAAGUCUAUCAUAUUAGUCCUCACACAGGAUUGACAGUAAAAUUGCAAAAUUGCAAUAAGCCAAUAUACAAACACAGGGAUCAGUCAGUCAAGACCCUGGUAGAAUCAUCUAUACCCUCCAGACUGUAGUUUGGUCUUGGGGCAGAAGGCUCAGAUUCAACUCUGAUUUUUGCUUUUUUAGCAUUUAUACAUUAUUCACAAAUGAGCUUUUCAGUGGCUUUAAAAGUUCAACUAUUUAAAGUAGAUUAGAAAACAUCUACUACCUUCACACACCUGUCAUAAUAAGAGAAAGAAAAGAUAUGAGAAAGAUUCUAAAUGCU